UUUUUGACGACACGUCCCGAAUUAGGUUUUGAUGGCUAUAGCGCACGCAAGAGGCAUUGGUUUUGAAACUGAAUUUAGAGAAUCGACGCCGGUCAUGACCUCCAUGAAUUUGGGAGCGGCCAAAGACUUGUUGUUGCUUUACGAGACGCUUAUGGAUGAAGAAGAGCAGCGGGAUCUUCUAUGCCAGGACCAGACGCUGCUCAACUUUCUAGUUUACGUUCUCCAGGAGACGACAGAUGAGAUCGUGAUGCUGUCCCUCAAGGUUCUGGCUGCCCUGUGCACUGAUGACAACAGAUGUGCGAUAGUCUCACAGACCUUCGGUCUCUCACCUUCGCUGGAGCUGCUAACUUCUGAGGCCCAAGACUUUGGCGUGAAAGAAGCUGCACUGAGACUCAAGAUGCGCCUGCUCGAGGCCAAGGUGGCGCUGCUCGCCAGGCAGCAAGAGGAGGCAGCCAUGGCUGACAUGCGGUUAUCGUUUCGAGAUUCCCGCAGCGCUCGGAAAGAUGGCAGUUUUGUUGCAACAACCCCAUCUCCAGCUAAGUGCCCACCAUUUAUUGGACAGCACAAUGGGGCGGCAAAAGUUGUUUCGCUACACAUCGAGGGCCUCUGUUCUCAGAGCGACAGAGAAUUGUGCAAAGAGAAGCUGCUCGCCGUCCGAGGUGUGAUCAGCUUCACAUUCGACAUCGAGAGGCGGCGGUGUGUCGUCCGGGUUAGGUCGGAUCUCUCGGCACGGGCAUUGAUACAGGCUAUCAAGUCCACGGGAACAAUGUCGGCAAUGCAGGUAGCCAAUAGUGCCAUCCCAAAAACACCAAGCAAUAGCAAAGCCAAGCCUUCAGCUGAAGACUCUCGCCUCGAGAUUGGCCAUGAGGCAGAAGCCAGUCGGAAGGUUGUGGAGAAUGAGGAGCAGGAAAAAGAAGAUGAGGACGAGAGAGAAAUCCUCCCGGACUAUCUCCCCGAGGUGGACAGUCCAAUUCGAGAGGACGCGAUCGUGCGGCAAAAGAAGUCAAAGAGCUCCUCAGCUGCCAGCUGGCUCGGAUCAGCUGCCACAUUCAUCACCAAGUCGCUGUACUGGUGAACACUCAUUCAAGCUCAGUGACAUUGCGAUCUCUGUCGAUGACACAACGAAGCACUUGCGAACUUCGAUGAAGACAUGCCAUAAUAGUGCACGGUGUUUAUUGGCCAGAGGUCUGUGGUGCAUUGUUGAAACGAAAAAAAAAUCCCGAUUCAAAGUGGUUUCGCCUGUUCCACCAGGACAAUAUGCUUGCCAUUUUGUCUGGUGACCCAUUUUGGCGUAAUACUAUACAUAGCACUGCCAUCACCGUUACCACCUCGGUUGCCUGUGAGGUUUACAUAGUAUGCUAGUAAAGCUGCGUUGCAUGUGUAAGCCUGGCAGCGGAAGAAGCAGUAGUGAUUUACUAAAGUUCUCCAAUAUGCUAUGAUACAUUGCGUUGCAAGUUGUAAGUGCCCUCACCCAUCUUUUUCGGUUUGCCUCUGUGUUUUGCUACAGUGCACUCUUUUCUUUUUUUUAGUUGUUCAUAAUGGAUCCAUGCGAACUAGGCAGUUUUAACAUGGUUUUUUGAUAACCUAUGUUGCAUGACUGUUGGCUGCCAGCACAACAUGAGAGAUACUGAAGAGAACCGUCUAAGUCGCACUUCUUGAAAUACAAAUAGGUCAUGUUGUAAGUAGAAGUUAACGCUGCAUAAUGUCAUAGACUUUGGCAGAAUCAAGUUGGCACUAAAAUUACCUGUUCAUCAUUUUAAAGAAUAACAUAGCACACAAAAAUAAAUUAUAACUCUGGCUGCGAACAUUUGUAGGCUUUUCCUGAGUGAAAGGAUUGAAAUAAAUGCAAAUGCUACGAAGUUUGUGUCUACAAUGUGAA